UGCAAUUUAGUUUCAAUCUGGACUUUAGAACUUUGAAGUGCAAAGGGUGACCUAUUCUUUUCCUUAUCUGAAUAGAGAGGUCACUGAAACUGAGUCUUACACACUCUCCGAACCCCCAAAACCACUCUCAUGGCUUCCUCUGCAACCUUCUCACAGAGCACCUUCUCAUACAUAUACUCAUUCUCACACACCUCAAAGAAAAUCCCUCUUCGGCUACUACCGAUUAAAGCAGUACAAUCCACUGAACCGGAGAAUGAGAAGCUUGCACAAAAGAAAACCCAAGAGUCCUCCAAUGCCCAACCUUCAAUCACACCCUCUAAACUUCCCAAAAAACCUGUGUAUUCAAUGAAGAAAGGUCAGAUUGUGAGGGUGGACAAGGAAAAUAUCUUAAUAGCAUCAACUAUCUGUCAGUUGGUCAUCCACCAUAUUACAAAGGCUUGGACUACAUAUAUGAAGACCGUGGUGAGGUACUUGAUAUACGUAACUUUGAGACCGGGGAGUAUGCUCUAAUUGCAUGGGUCGGAAUCCCAACGGCACCAGCUUGGCUUCCAACAGAAAUGCUUAUCAAGUCAGAUAGGCUCAACUAUGAGAGAAUAUAGAUCAACUUCCCAAUGCAGAAAGAAUACCAAGCACCAGAUGACAAUAGCCAUGCUCCAUGCUUCAUUCAUCCUAUGGUGGAAAAGAAAUGCUGCGGGCCAUUUGUGUUUUUUUUUUUCUCUUUCUUCUUUCUUUCCUUGUGACCAUCAGUAUCUGCUAAUAUAUCUAGCAGUGGCAGAAUAUAUGUGCUUAUUUAAAAUUUGGUGGCGUUUAGUUUGAGAAUUCUGCCAUUUUUUUUCCUUUUGCAUUUUUUCUUGAUGGGUCAUCCUUUGUGAAAAAUUCCAAGUUAAAUAUUUAUCAAUUAAUAACCGG